AUGUCCAGCCAACCACUUCUCCAGACAGCUCCGGGCAAACGAAUCGCCCUCCCCACCCGCGUCGAACCCAAAGUCUUCUUCGCCAACGAGCGAACCUUCCUCUCAUGGCUGAACUUCACCGUCAUCCUCGGCGGCCUCGCAAUGGGCCUGCUCAACUUCGGUGACCAGAUCGGACAGAUCUCUGCUAUUCUGUUCACCCUGGUUGCCGUCGCUGCUAUGCUGUAUGCGCUCAUUACAUUCCACUGGAGAGCGAAGAGCAUAAGGAUGAGGGGUCAGGGUGGUUUCGAUGAUCGGUUUGGACCGACUGUUUUGGCUUUUGCGUUGUUGGCGGCUGUGGUGGUCAAUUUCGUUUUGAGGUUCACGGGAACAGCUUAG